AUGGUUCAGGGCGCAAAAACCGAUUCCGGCAGCUCCAGUCGUGAAUAUGGCAUGGCAUUUGAAAUCCCUCCCCCGUCCGCCGUACGCCCAGGGACACCUUUUACACUGCCUGUGAUCGUUGCAGUCCGGCCUGUUGGAAAUGUAAGAGGUAGCCCUACCCAGCAGUUGGUGGUAAACGUAUCUCUUCGAAAUGAGGCCGGGACAGAUCCAGUCCCGGGGUUGUCUGGAACUCUUACGUCCAGCGUUCGCAGCCGCAAUGGGAACACCAGCAACGGAUACGGAAGGUUUAGUCCACUCACCAUCGCGCAACCUGGAAGUUAUCGUCUGCGUGUUAUGCUGGGAGCUGCUUCAGCAAGUGGAGUAACCACCCGAGAGUACGUCGACUCGGGCGUCAUCUACGUUCAUGGAGGAGCUGCGCCAUCUCAAAGACCAGCACCCUCACAAAUAUCGAAACUUCAAAGUCUUAUUCCCGAAAACAUAGACAUAUCUGCAGCGGACAUUGCAGCCUGGCAGCGAGCAUAG